AUGUGCAUCCCGCUCUCGCACAUCCUGGCGUGCAUCCUCGGCCACGGUGCUGCCGACGACGACCCCCAGCAGCCCCAGCCUGAAGACCACCCCCGGACAACGCCGCCACCGCCAUUCGCCGCCGCCCUGCCGCCCGAAGUGGUCGUGCGCUCGCUCCUCGCCCAGCAGCAGCAGCAGCACCGCGUGAGCGAUGCCCUCCCGCCCCCGGAAACGCUGGUCAGGUCCCUUCUCGCCGAACGACAGUGGACAGAUGACGCGCUGCCGCUUCCGCCCGCCGCGCUCGUCCUUGCCCUCCUCGGCCAACCUCGGCCUCCACCGAUGCCACCUAUUGCCGACAUGGUGGUACGCCGCCCACCGGGGCCGAUCCGUCCCCCGCCCCACCCUGUUCAGACGCAGCGCGCCCCCGCGGCUUUCCGCCUCCUCUGGGUCCGGUACGGCGAUGCGCCGACGUGGACGGGGCGCUAG